AUGGACGACCAAUUGCUGAAGAUCCCGCCUUUUGAGUGCGACUCCAUUCCUCUGUCUGAGAUUAGACAGAAGUGGUAUGACUAUAAGAGACAAUUUGAAUACGUUGCCAAAGCUAUCGGAAAGAAGAAAAAGAAGAAGCUUAAGGACAUCUUUCUGGCUGUUGGAGGCCGGCAGCUACAAAAGGUGUAUGAAGGCCUACCCGGAUGUUCUGGUGACGCUGGAGAUGACUUGGAAACUACAAUCAAGAAGCUGGACGAAUACUUCGCUCCCAAGAGACACGAUACGUUCGAAAGGUACUCCUUCUGGUCCCUGAGUCCACAGCAAGAUGAAACACUGGAUAAAUUUCUUCUACGGGCAAAAACUCAAGCCUCCAAGUGCCAGUUCGGUGCGACUGAGCAAGACAGCAAAGAAGCAGCUGUCGUUGACAAAAUCGUGAUGCUGGCCCCUCCCGACCUCCGCCGGAAAAUCUUGGAAAAAUCGACCAUCAAUUUGGAUGAAUUGACGAAACUCGUAAACUCACACCUAUCCGUUCAGCAGCAAGUUCGCGAGCUGGGACAAUCUGGAAAUAACCCAAGAAAUACGAUCGAGACACAUCGCAACUCUGGUACUCCCGUUUAUAAAAUCUCAAGCGUUCCAGACUAUCGUAGGGGUAACAAGGCCAGCGCAUCCGGUGAAUCAGGAUACCACGGAGUCAAGAAAUUCCAUGCGCCGGAGUACCGCCGAGGAGAAUGUUUUAGAUGCGGAAAGUCACACAAGCCCAACGAAUGCCCAGCUAAGCACGUCCAAUGCCGUAAUUGCAACAUCAUCGGACAUUUCGCUAGAAUGUGUCUGACACCAGUCGGCAAACGCAAAUUUGACACGGAAAAUGCAUCACGACACCCCGAACCGAUCAAGAAACAACGAGUGAACGCCGUGAACGAAGUUAAACCUGAUGAAGCAGCUGAACCCGAAACAAGAUGUGAGUCUUUCAUAUAUGCGAUAAGUGACAAUCAUGACGAACUGGUGUGGUGCAAAGUUGGCAACGUUUUGAUUGAAAUGAUGAUAGAUUCCGGGUCGAGAUACAAUAUUAUCGAUGAAGCAACGUGGGUUUAUCUGAAGAACAGGGAAGCAGUUAUGGAGGAUAUCAGACCCUCGACCAAGAGCCUGUCAGCCUAUGCGCAGAAUGGUCAAUUAAACAUCGUGUGCACCUUCAACGCCAGGAUCACAGUCGUUGAUACCUCAACCUGCAAACUCAUUGACGUUUGCUUCUUCGUUGUGAAGGAGGGGAAACAGAAUCUGUUGGGUCGAGAAACGGCAAAACAGCUUGGUGUGCUCUUGAUAGGUCUACCGAGUGUAAUCAAUUCAGGUUGCAUUCAACAUCUUACUGAAAAUGUGGAAAAAUUCCCAACAAUUAAAGGCGUAAAGUUACGCAUUGAUAUUGAUGAUCAAGUAACACCAGUAGCUCAACACGUUCGACGGGUACCCAUCGCUCUCCAACGAAAAGUUGGGGAGCAACUGAGCAAACUUCAGAAGCUGGGGAUAAUCGAGAAGGUCAACGAACCGAGCCCAUGGGUGUCCCCUAUGGUGGUGGUAAUAAAAGAUAACGGAGACGUCCGUCUAUGUGUAGACAUGCGGAGGGCUAACACUGCGAUUAGAAGGAAAUACCAUAUGAUUCCCACCCUCGAUGAUUUACUCACUAGAUUCAACGGUUGCAAGUGGUUUUCAAAACUCGAUAUCAAGGACGCAUACCACCAAGUCGAGCUCGAUGAGUCAAGUCGGUACAUAACAACAUUCAUCACGCAUAUGGGAAUGUUUCGGUACACCAGGCUGAUGUUUGGGAUAUGCAGUGCAUCUGAGCACUUUCAGCAGAUUAUCGAGCAACUGUUAUGCGAUUGCCCUUUGGCCCACAACUAUCAGGACGACAUAAUCAUUGCCGCCAGAACGGAGGAAGAGCACGAUCAGGCGCUAAAGGCAGUGCUCGAUAAGCUGGAGGAGCACAACGUCGUUUUGAACCAGAAUAAAUGUCAGUUUAAAACCACCGAAACCAAGUUUCUAGGUCAUAAUGUCUCCCAAGAUGGCAUUACACCGAAUGAGGAGAAAAUAAAAGCCAUUCAACAGUUCAGGACGCCAAAGAAUGCUGAAGAAAUCCGGAGCUUUUUGGGCCUAGUCGGCUACGUGGGUCGAUUCAUUCCAGACUUAGCCACCAAAACCUACGAACUACGACAGCUAAUGACCAGGGGCGAUGCAAAAGUCAUAUGGAUGUCACACCAUGAGAGCGCCUUCAAUGCACUUAAAAAUGCACUAUGUGAUGUCCCCGUAUUAGGCUUCUUCGACAAUUCUAAGCGAACAAGAGUAAUCGCGGACGCAUCUCCAGUAGGCUUGGGGGCAGUUCUGGUGCAGUUCAACGAUGAUUCCUGUAACGAGCCGGUGGUGAUUUCAUAUGCAAGACGUAUCGAACGCUGGGUACUCCGUUUGCAACCGUUCAAAUUUCGAGUCGUAUACAAACCCGGUAAGGAAAAUAUUGCCGAUCCUCUAUCAAGACUAUCCAUGUCUGAGGAAGAAGAGGAGAUAGACCUAACGGACGACCGACUAUACAUCCGCGCCAUUACCGAGUCAGUUGCGAUCGAUGUGUCUGAGAUUAAAACCGCCAUUGAUUCCGAUUUCGAACUACAAUUAGUGAAGGAAGCCAUGUCAUCCGGCAUGUGGGACAGCGACGCCGUUAAGGAAGGAGCAAAGGACUAUAUACCGUUCCAGAAGGAUUUAAGCCUCAUAGAUGACCAUGUUAUUCGUGGAUGCAGACUAGUGAUUCCCCGCCAGUUACGACCCAGGAUGCUACAGCUGGCGCACGAAGGCCAUCCAGGCGAAACAAGCAUGAUUAAAAGGCUUCGUGAUAGAGUGUGGUGGCCCAACAUGGAUAAGGAGGCAAGAAAAACCGUUAAGGAAUGUGAAGGUUGCCGUCUGUGUGAUCAGCACGUGCUGGAACCGCAGGAACCAGUGAUCACGGGCAAAACCACCACGGGUGCCAGCAUCACGAGUGACCAGACCGACACGGACAGAACAGGAAAAGAUCGCAGGAGCACAGCGAGGCCAGCCAAUAUAAGAACCGAAGCCCUCGCCAAAGCCGUCAAGGCUCACAUCCAGAAAAGAGGCUUUCCAUUGGAAUGGGUCGCCCACGGUCGGGAACCUCGACCGGCGACGGACAUUCGGAGGCAGGCACGAGAUCCGAACAAGUUGCGGGAGGCGAGAGAAGGAGCCGCACAGGAACCCGAACUCGGAACCGACUGGCGAGCGCCCUUCCGUCGAGGCCAAAUCCGGCGCAUCCGGCGGAGAUACGACGAUCAGGGCAGUGGUUCGAGCGCUGUACCACGACGCACGGGCGAGCCAGCGACAUUACGAUUCGAGACCAUUUCCGAGCAUCGAGACCCCAUUCGUGGCGCCUUUUUGCCCUGGCUGCGGUGA